AUGGAUAAAGUGGAUGUAACAGAUCAUUUGCCCCCUGGCUUCUUCGAAACAAUCCGAUCAGCAAAAUGGGAUGAAAGACGAGAUGUGCUCUUAGCACUUAUUAAUAAUUUAUCGCAGCAUUCGUGCAUUGAUCCCGAAAUAAAAUACAAUGAAAUUCUAGCCGAAUUAAAAUUGAUCAUAUCAAAGGAUUCAAAUAUCGCCGUUGUAAUACUGGCAUUGCGAGCGUUAACAGCGUUCGUUAAGGGGUUACGCAAAAAUUUUAUGAAAUAUAUUCCUAUGGUCCUGUUGCAUGUAUUAGAGAAAUUUAAAGAAAAAAAAGCCUCAGUCAAGGAAGCUAUUAUGGAAUGCUUAUCCCUUGUUGCUGAACAUUGUGAUAUCGCAAUUCUUACUGAUCCCAUAUGUGAAGCUUUAGAAAAAACCAGAAAUCCCAAUAUGAAAGCAGGUAUAGACCAGUGGAUUUAUUGUAUAUUAUGCCGAUAUCCACGAAGUGCCGUACCCAUGUCAUUUAUCAAAAGUGUUACACCAUAUCUUGUUAAACACAGCAAAGACAGUGAUCCGGACGUCCGUGAGGGAAGCUGUAUGGUUUUUGGCGCUAUUUUACGAUUAGUUGAAGAAAAAGUGAUGGCUUCUGUCGUCGAUGGAAUAUUCUCUGAUAAAACUAAAUUAAAAAAGAUUAUGGGGUACUUGGAAAAAUCUGAGAAAGAUUUUGAAGCGUAUGAACAGACACGAAGCGAAACCCAUGCUGCUUUGGAAUCUUGCACUCUGAGCGAAAAUAGGGAAUGUUAUGGACAAUCAGCUGGUGAUUCAGUUCAGCCCGAUGCAGAGAUUAGUUCCUGGGAAUUGCUGACUGAAACGAAAAUCAGUACUAAAAUUCCAUGUGAUAUACAGGCAAAGUUGGCCUCAAAGCGGUGGGACGAUAGAAAAGAAACACUGGAGAUAUUAUGCAGAAUUUUGGAGAGCAAUCCGCGACUUUGCCCUGAUGAAGAUCAUUCGGAGUUGAUUGGAAUUCUCCGUAAGAUACUCGAGAAUGAUGCAAAUAUUAAUGUAGCUGCAGUUGCAGCGAAGUGUAUAACAGGUUUUGCAAAUGGCUUGCGUUAUAAGUUCGCUACGUUCAUACCAAAAAUUUAUAUUUCCGUCUUCGAAAAAUUCAAGGAGAAGAAAUUAAUUCUUCGCGAGCCGUUAAUUGAACUUUGUGACGUUCUUGCUUUAUUUACUCCCCUUUCUGCAUAUAUCGAGGCUGUGGAGAUUGCACUGCGGAAGCCAAAUCCUCAGAUAAAGACACAAACUGCUCUCUUCCUCUCAAGGUUACUACGUCAACACAAUGUGCAUACUUUACCGAUGGACUGUAUAAAGGAGAGACUUGGACCUGCACUAACUAAGCUGUCCUUCGAUGCUGAUCCAGAUAGUCGUGAGGCAUCGCUUGUCGCAGUUGGAGCCAUCAUGAAGAUUGCCGGUGAGAAUAUUGUCAAUGAAUGUUGCAGGAACAUCAUGGAAGAUGCUAAUAAAUCGGCAAAGGUCCGUGAGAACUGUGAAAAACUAAUACAAGAGUUUGGACUAAAUGCUUCUGCUUCAAUUUUGAAGUUACAUCAAAAAACGAAAUCAACAGUAGCUACUACGAAAGUCGAAAGUGAUAAGGCACUUAAUGCUGGUGCAAGGAUGAAGGGUUCAAAAGGUAAUGUUAAGAUCACCAAAAAAGUGCCUUCUGAUGCAGUGGUUUCAAAGUCAAAGUUUAACAGUGCGAAAAUGUCUACAGCUGGAAUUAAGCCGGUCCGUUCUGCAGUUCCAACUGCUUCAAUGGAAGUAAAAUGUAUUCAGAUACCAAGAACUAAUAAAGCAAAAAAUUAUGAAACGAAUAAUUCAAGUGAACAAGAUGUGUUUUUUGAUGCUGCGGAAGAAAUGGAUAUUGUAUUACAUAGUUCUAUUGAUCUCGAGAAAUCACUCAAGAGAAACGGAUCAUAUAGUGUGAAAGAAAGAGAAUCAGGAAUUGCAAGUGCAGAAGAAUCGGUUCCAGUACAAGCUGUUAGUCGUGAAACGAAGCAAUCUGAUACAGCCAACUUUACAGUUCCAUCUAUUCGCAACUAUGGAUCUCGCUUACCUAUUCCGACACCACGAGGCGCAUCCAGAAGUCGCAUUCCUUUACCUAUCUACAGACGCACAUGA